CUCCAACACAAAGAAAAAAUAAGAAUCUGCAUUCAUAAUUUUACCUAAUUUUAACAAAAUGGAGUUGUUGAAUAGAGCUUUGAAUCUGGUGGUGCCGCCGGCAAGUUUGAUGAUGAUGGCAUUUGCGUGGCCAACUCUCUACUUCAUCAGCUGCUGCGAGUGGAUUUACACCACCUAUUUCAACCGCCAGACCGUCGAAAAUAAGGUCGUCGUCAUCACCGGCGCUUCCUCCGGGAUCGGAGAGCAAAUCGCGUACGAGUAUGCGAAGAGAGGCGCAAAUCUUGUGCUAGUCGCACGAAGAGACCACAGGCUACGAGCAAUAAGCGACAAUGCCAGAAGAUUCGGAGCACCACAUGUCUUGACAAUAGCGGCUGACGUUGUGAAGGAAGACGAAUGUCGGAGAUUCAUCAACGAGACCAUCAACUGCUUCGGACGAGUGGAUCAUCUAGUGAAUACAGUCACAUUAGGGCAUACUUUCUAUUUCGAGGAAGCCACGGAUUCGAAUCUGUUUCCCAUUAUAAUGGAUAUAAAUUUUUGGGGCAAUGUGUAUCCGACGUAUGUGGCACUGCCGUAUUUGCGUGAGAGUAACGGCCGUAUAGUAGUGAACACCUCGGUCGAGAACUGGCUGCCUUUGCCUAGGAUGAGCUUGUAUUCUGCUGCGAAAUCGGCCCUCAUGAACUUCUACGAGACACUGAGGUUCGAGCUGAAGGACGAGGUGGGGAUAACCGUCGCCACACACGGGUGGAUCGGGACAGAGAUGAGGAGGGGCAAGUUCGUGAUGGAGGAAGGUGCCGAGAUGCAGUGGAAGGAAGAACGAGAAGCCAAUGUACGAGGCGGUCCGGUGGAGGAGUUCGCGAAGCACAUCGUCUCGGGAGCGUGCAGAGGGGACCCGUACGUGAAGUAUCCGAGCUGGUACGACGUAUUCUUCCUCUACAGAGUCUUUGCGCCCAAAGUCCUGCACUGGACCUUCCGGUUCCUCUUGACCGACGGUGGGGCCGCCCGGACGACCUCCUUCAUAGGCACCGGACGGCCCCUUCUAGAGCCGUCCUCUCCCCAGAGGAUCGGGAGUCCUCUCCUCGAGGCCGCCUCCCCAAGGAGAUUUCUUGGAAGCCCCGAGGGGGCUUCCAAGGCAUCAAACGGUCGGAGAAUGUCGACAUUCUCCGAAUGAGUGAUGCAUAAAUGUUUUCACUCUUUAUUUGCCUUUUUUUUAUUUGGUUUUAACUUUUAAUUUCAUGUGUUUCUUAGCAAAGUGUGCUGUAGUCUUUAGUGGGUUGGACUGUUUUGUUUGGUUUGAUUUCUAAAAUUGACUUAAAAAGACCAUAUUUUAAAUGUGUAGAAAAUUUAUCACAUUGAACUUUAUUAUUCAUGAGUGUGUAAUGUUUUUGAUUUCCUCAA